AUAUCGUCACGAUCGGAUGGUUAAUUUCGCAGGAGUCGCAGCAGGACACACCUUCAACUCACCGUGACCUACAUAUAAAAGACAUCUCGGGUCUUUUACUUCUCAUGAAGAACUAUGAUGGGGAUCCCUCCGGGUUUCGUCUACAUCACAGGUCGACUUCCUAGCCUCGUCCGCCCUCUGGCCCUCGCCUAUGUUGGCUCUAGAGUCUGGGCAGUGCUCUUCGAGGAGCCAGCCCCCCGCUGGCUGAGGGUCUCCGCGUAUCUAUUUUCCAUCCCCCUAGGAGUGGCAUGCAGUGUCUUGUGCAGCUACGUACGUGACAGGAGGGAAGCAGCGCGUCGAGGCGCUGUCCUUGCCCCGCGGGUGAAGAGUAUGUGGCCCGGUGGCUUGGACAUCAUUCUCUCAGUCGCUCAGGACUUUCGGAACGUGCACAUGGGAGCACCAAUUGACCAAUACUGUCAGGAGUAUGGUCCUGUCGUCAAUGUCAGGCUCAUGUUCGAAGAUCAGAUUUUGACGACGGAACCCGAACAUAUCAAAGCAGUUCUUGCUACGCAGUUUAAUUCCUUUGAGAAAGGGCCGGUGUUCUGGGACCAAUUAAGCACGCUACUUGGAACUGGAGUAUUCAAUUCGGACGGCGAGACAUGGAAGUUCCAUCGCUCGAUGACACGACCAUUCUUUAGCAAGGAUCGGAUUAGUCACUUCGAUAUAUUCGAAAAACAUGCAGAAAACGCUCUCAGCCAAGCAAAAGCCAGGCUCCGAGAGGGCUACCCAGUGGAUUUCCAGGAUAUGGUUGGUCGAUUCACCCUUGACUCGGCAACUGAAUUUUUGUUCGGGAAAUGCGUUAACUCUCUUUCCGCUGGACUGGUUUAUCCAAAAAAUUCCUUCCUAGGAAAAAAUAUGGAUUACAUAAACCAUCCUUCGAACGUAUUUGUGCGUGCUUUCUCGGAAGCGCAAUCUCAGGCUGCGUUCAGGAGUCGUUUCGGUACGUUUUGGCGGUUGGUUGAGUUCUGGCGCGAUCGUGUCCGGAGUGAAAUGGAGGUUUGCUACAAGUUCAUCGACCCCGUCCUUAAGGAAGCUAUGGAAGCGAAGAGAUUGAUGAAGGAGAGUGAGCAAUCCACAGGACAAGAGCAAGGGGCUUUUGAGGAUACACUGCUAGGACAUCUCGUUAACUGCACAGAAGAUCCCACUGUCAUUAGGGAUGAGAUCGUCAACAUCUUAUUAGCGGGCCGUGAUACUACGGCCUCCACUUUGACAUUCUUGAUUUAUAUGCUUUCUCAACACCCAGAGGUUCUGAAACGGCUUCGUGAUGAAGUUCUCAGCAAGGUUGGGAGUUCCAGAAGACCGACGUACGAUGACGUUCGGGACAUGAAGUAUAUGCGAGCUGUCAUCAAUGAAACUCUUCGUUUGUAUGCUCCCGUACCUUUCAACGUUAGGACAAGCGUUGAAGCCACAGUAUGGCCCGGCGUAAACGGAGGACCACCUAUUUAUAUCCCACCAAACACGCAGACCCCAUAUUCUGUAUUCCUUAUGCAUCGUCGGAAAGAUCUCUGGGGUCCCGAUGCCGAUAUCUUCGAUCCGGACCGCUUCCUCGAUGAACGAUUGAAAUAUCUAACUGCGAAUCCGUUCAUAUUUCUCCCGUUCAACGCAGGCCCCAGAAUUUGUCUGGGCCAACAAUUCGCGUACAACGAAGUGUCGUUUUUCCUCGUCUGCUUGUUGCAAGCUUUCUCUUCUAUAACAUUAGCAGAGGACGUCCAGACCCAACGUCCUGCAGAAUUCCCCAAAGGCCUUGGGCGCAACUCACAGGAGAAAGUGAUUAUCAGACACCAGCUUACCUUGUGUGUACAUGAUGGCCUAUGGGUGAGAAUGGGGGAGGCUGAUCGUGCUGACAAUAUGUGAUAGUGGACCCCACUGGACACUGACAAAGCAUAUGUAGAUGGCUAUGUGGUAACGUUGUCAAGGUUGUUGUAGUACAAGCAACCACGUCUAACUGCGGAUUUGGCUCACACUGAUUGAAGUAACAACCCCAAGAUUACGAGUGAUCGGGCGCAGUAGUAUCGAUUCUCAUUUAGGCCCCUAC